UGUGUCAAGAUCAAGUCUCACUUUUACUUUAAACGUGACACAAGACGCGUCUCCGUCAUCUUUUUAUUGUUAUAUCGGAUAUGACUACAAACACUUAGCAAGGGGCAAAACAUUGCGUUUUGUGUACCAGGAUUGCGGGAUUUUACAUCGGGAUUUUCACGGAAUAUCCGUCAUAACCUGCAGCAUGAUGUGUCGAUAUAGGGAUAUAUCCUUAAUCAUAUGUUUCUCUGUCGUGUUUGUUGGAGUUGAAAACGUGUCAGACCAAUUGCCACCACCGAAAAAUCUGAACUUUAUAUGGGAACUUUAUACAUCACCUUUCACGUUACAUGUGAUGUGGGAAAAACCGGAGGGUCUGGAUCCUCUCUGCAAAGUGAACUACACGGUGGGAGUGAGCAACGGGCAGGCAUGUCAUCUCAACAAUCCACUACAAUCAAAAAGGCGAACCAGUCACUUAAGCUACAUAUUUAAUGUGUCCAAUAAGAAUGGACUGUGCAUCAUCAUUACAACAAACCCUGUAAACUGUGUAAACAAGACCUCAAGCUCACCAAUCAACAUCACCAUCCCUCCACCUCCAGUGACGUUGGUGAGAAACUUGAGCUGUGCCUAUCAUUCUCGAAAUAGGAUGAACUGCACUUGGUAUUCUGCUGCAGAUGAUGUCCAAGGCCUCAGAUUUUAUUACUGGUUACCUAUGGAUGAAUCUGUUAAGGAGUGUUUCCCAUACAUAAAUGAUUAUACGAAGAAGAUGGAAUGUGUCAUAAACAGUGAAUAUCUCAAGAAUUCACAAAACAACAUGUUCUAUCUGUUCAAUGGUACUCACAAGGGCAUUCCUGUUAACAACACUUUCAAGGAUGAAUAUCCAAGUAACACAGCAAAACUAGACACACCUGAACUGAAAAUCAAAAGAAUGGGGCAUGAUCUCCACUUUGAAACGAUCAGACCACCAUUUAAUGGUUUUGGAGAACUGUGCUUUGGCUACCAGUACAUAUACAGGAAGUGCAAUGAACCGGAUGUCAGGGUUAAGGGAAUUAAAAACCAUACAAUUGAAUAUGACCCAGCCUGCAAGUACAGAGCCAGAGUGCAGACCAUCUUAAUAAACUGCGGUGAAGGGCAAAGUGAACCAAGUGACGAGGUGGAAUAUGGUGAGAACAGUCAUCCGAAUUUGCCGGGGUUGCUGGCUGUCAUUUUUAUCCCUCUCACAGUUUCCUGUUGUCUAAUAGUGUCUCUGGUACUACUCAGAAGGCACAAAGACAUCAUACUCCCAAAAAUUCCAGAGCCAGGGCCUUUCUUUAAGGACAUGCUCAACAACAAUAUAAGAAUGCCAGAGGAUCUAAGGAACCCAUCAACUGGCAGAUUUUAUGUCCCUAUUAAAGAGAUUGUAGAAGACAAGAUAAGUGUUGAACUCUCACACAUGAGGGAGUAAAACCUGAAACUACUGAAAAUGUUUACCAAUGGAUUUGAGUAGACAUUUAAAUUUGGUUGGACUCUUAGACUAAUGGGGCAAUGUCUUUUCAAGGAGGAUGUUUAAACUUACUACAACUCUUGUUGUCCCUCUGUUUCAUGAAGGACUACAAUGAACACAGGAUUCGCACUUACCAUUUUCUACAUGGACUUUGACACUUUGCUAAUCUGUUGCCAGUUAAGUGCACUUCCUGACAACAAUUGCUUGUUUCGAUGAAUGUAUUGUGAAGAUAAGGGAAUCUUCACCAAAUAGAAGAUAAGUGAAUCAAUCAAUGAACUUUCCUGGACAAGGUUGGUUGAAUCUGCUUAUCUGAUAUGUGGACCCAGCAGCGUGCACAUUUAAUAUGUCCAAAGGAGCUUCAGCUCACUAAAUGCAACCCUAUUAAGAAACAUGGAAAAAAAGAUUCAUGGAAUAUUUGAAUUUUAAUUAUCCAUAAUAUUUUGUACAUGCUCAAUGCUAAACAUUUCCAUGCUUUGUUUAUAAAGCCAAGAUUAUAAGGAUGGAGGGUUGUUUCUGCACAUAAUUUACAAACGAAAUAUUAUUAUUAAUGUACUGCUACAAAAAACUUAUUUUGUAAAGAAAUGUGGUUAGACACUGUUAAUCAUGUUAUGUGUAUAAAAGCGUGAGUGUCUCUGUAAGCGCAAAUGUGUAUAUUGUAUGUUCACAGAUUUAUGACAUGACCAAAUGCAUAAAGAAACAGUCACAUGACAAAAAUUCAGACAUAGAUGAGUACAAGCAAAACAAAUAAAGUAAAAAAAGUAAAAAGUGGGGGCUUGGUCGUUUAGCCAUUUGAUCAGGUUGAGGGGCGUCAGAGGUUUCUGGGGGGCACAAGGAAUAUCUAAUGGGGGAAUGACCCCCCUACAUACAUAUAUGUAUAAUGUAGCCUACUGCUUACCAAAACAAAAACCACUGAUAAAAUAGUUUGUACCAAGUUAAAAAGUCCACUGUAUAAAUAACAGCAUUAAUCUGUUCUAAUUGAGUUUCAUGGCUUAUAGUUUCAUGGCCUGGUUUUGUUUUUGUUGAUGAAUAAGCAUCAUAGCUUCAUCUUUUUAUUUUGUACAUCAGGGAUAUAAAAAUAUUUAUGGUAAUGUUAAAUGAUAUUUAGCCUUUGGUAAACAUCUUUGGUUUUGUGUCGAUGAAGGGAUACUUGAGCCUUACUGAUGGUGCUGUGGGGGUACCCAGCAAACACAGUUACAUUGUGAAGACGUACACAGACCAGACCAUAUUCAUCGUAGUGAUGCACCGAAAUAACAUUGCACUGAAGAAACUUUGUGAUUUCCCUAUUUGUCAUGGUGAAGUUAUUGUACUACGUUGCUGGGAAGUGGUGUGUAAGUUCCAAUGACCUAACACAGAUACGGUGUGAAAAAGUAACCAGUCCGGACCAUAUUAGUCUCAACGACGUACCAUAUAAUGUUGUACUGAUGUAACUUUGUGAUUCCCCUAUUCAUCGUGGGAAUGUUAUUAUUGUACAUUGCUGGGAUGUGGCAAAUACAUUCCAAUGACCAAAAUAUAUUUUCAUACCAACAAGGUCGCCAGUAUGUUUUUCAUUACGUUCUAGUCAUGUUUUAAAUACCACCUUACCUGGAGAUAACCAGGGUUUACAAUUUAAUUUCCUGUUUUAUAAUUUUCCUCCUAAAAUUGCAAUUACUUGACUUAAUUAAUAAAUCAGCAUUUGUUUUUUUAUUAUUCUUUUCUCCCAAUUUGGAAUGUCCAAUUCCCAUUACUUAGUAGGUCCUCGUGGUGGCGCAGUUACUCACCUCAAUCUGGGUAGCGGAGGACAAGUCUCAGUUGCCUCCACUUCUGAGACCACCAAUCCGCACAUCUUAUCACGUGGCUCGUUGUGCAUGUGGAGACUCCUCAUGUGGAGGCUCAUGCUAAUAUCUGCGAUCCAUGCACAAUUUACCACAUGCUCCAUUGAGAGCGAGAACCACUAAUCGUGACCACGUGGCGGUUACCCCAUGUGACUCUAUCCUCCCUAUCAACGGGGCCAAUUAUGUUGCUUAGGAGACCUGGCUAGAGUCACUCAGCCCACCCUGGAUUUGAACUCGCUACUCCAGGGGUGAUAGUAUAAAUCAGCAUUUGUAAGCAUAGAAAAAAUGUUUUAACCAUGAAACACUAAGUUAUUCACAGUAUUUUUUCCCCCACAAAAUAUAAAUGAAUAUAAAGAAUAUAAGGAAUCUUAAAAGUAAACAGCCAAAUGUGGGAAAAUGUCACAUUGGUGCAGCUGAUUGAAAUGAGCAAAGAAAUUCAAGCAGAUUUAACUAUUCUAAUCAAAGUUAUACAUUUAAAACAGAAAAAAAAUUUGCACUUACAUUGUGCUGCAUUGUAAAAUUUGUGGAAUUGUUAUUUCAGUGCAAUUAACAUUUCUUAACCCUUUCAGACACCUAUUACAUUGUAGGGACAAAGAAAUAUAACCUUGCUUUUAUUUCUAUUCUUAAGCAGUCAUACAUUCUUAUCAAUCAAACAAUUCAGUGCUAACCCAUUGUGGAUUCAUUUUUUUUUUUUUUAAGAAAUAAAAUGACAGGAUAAGCGGUUGACGAUGGAUGGAUGGAUGGAAGAAAUCAAAUGAUUUUCAAAAAAUAUUUCUAGACUAAUAGCUGGAAUUUAAAUAAUGAAUGAAUGAAUGAAUGAAUUGUCAUACCAAUGUCACAUCUCAACUUUACUUUAAAACUGUUAAAUUAUUUAUAUAGUUUUGAGAUAGUUUUGAUGGUUGUGUGUGUGUAUAUAUAUAUCUCUGAGUGUAUGUACUGUGUGUAUGUGUGUGUGUGUGUGUGUGUGUCUAUAUAUAUAUAUAUAUAUAUGGUUUGUGUAUAGGGCCCUCUUAUGAUAUGAUGUGGUGGCUCUUUAGGAUUUAAUUGUAUCUCAUGGUUAUAAAUGUGCUUAAGUAAUGUUUCUUGUGACACACAUCAGCCUGAUAUCUCAAUUGUAUUAAUUGGUUGAGACAGGUUUGUUAGCUGAUUAUUAAAUGCCCAAUGUGAUGUCACUGCUUUCACCUGUGCGUAAUGACCGACUCUGUUUAUACUGCUCUCCAUUUUGAGGAAAUUGUACCUUGACAAAGGCUUGUUGUUACGUUGGUAGUGUGCAGUUAUAUAUUUUUCUUUAGAAAGUUUUUCUUCUAAUUUGCACCUCCAAAUUUAAGGUGUGCGUUUGCUCAAGUGUCUCUCAAUAGUUUUGAGUUAAACAUAUAAUAGUUUGAAUUAUUCCACUAUUUUGCCUUGUGUCACAAAUCAUCAUGCUUUAUUUUAAAGGAAUGUUUUCUGUUCAGAAGUAACAAUGUAAAAUAUGAUACUCAUAGUUUAACUUGGCAGUAGGGCUGAAACGAUUAGUUAAGCGAUUAACAUUAUCGACAAUGCUGACAAUAAAAAAUUGUUGA